GAAAAUGGAAAUCAUUAAAAAAGUCAACUACACUAGGAUGCAGAGGAGGAGACGCCAAUCAGCAGAAUCCAGGAAACCCAAAGUGACAGACCAUAGACUGAUUGGAUGUGUGUAAGAGAAGGGAUGAAUUGUUGUUGUGUGGUUUUUGCACAUCAUCUAUGGAUUCAUCUGCCAGCACAGCCCUGUGGGGCAGCAACUACUCAGCCCACACCUCCAGGCCAAGCUUCACCAACCAGCUGAGCACCUCUUCACCUGUUGUGCCGAGGGUUGUUUCCAUAGUGACCAGCCUGGUGACCUCCACCACAGAGGCUACAGUGGGAACUACAGGAAACCUAUCGGCCUUUAGAGAUGAAAGAGGGAGUGAGCUUGGUCAAACCCAUCAGGCAUCGACGCCAGCUCUGGUGAGCACUGCAGAGAGUAACUCUGCCCUGCAGGGCAUCACAGUGGCAGCUCAGGCUCUGGUGCUCCUCUCCAUCUUCCUCCUCUCCAGCCUCGGUAAUUCCGCAGUUGUCAUUGUCAUCAUCAAACACAGGCAGCUUCGCACAGUGACCAAUGCUUUCAUUAUGUCGCUGUCGCUGUCGGACUUCCUCACAGCUGUCCUGUGCCUGCCCUUCUCCUUUGUCAUGCUCUUCAGCAAGGACGGCAUCUGGAUGUUUGGGGAUCAUUUCUGUGUGGCCAAUGGCUUUUUCAAUACCUGCUUCGGGAUCAUCUCCACCCUGACAAUGACUUUGAUCUCCUUUGAUAGGUAUUACGCCAUAGUUCGACAGCCACAGGCUAAAAUAGGGCGGCAGAAAGCCACUCAGUUGUUGAUAGCUGUCUGGUUGACUGCAGUCAUUUUCUCUUUACCUUGGUAUCUGCUGCUCCGGACACCAACAGAAAUCCAUAAGCGAGGGUUCUACCAUUGUAUGUAUGUGUUCCACUCUGGGACGUCACGCAUGGGGACGGUGUAUAGCAUCUGCCUGAUUGUUAUCUGUUAUUUACUGCCCUUCUCCCUCAUGUGCUUUUGUCAUUAUAACAUCUGUAAGACAGUGCGGCUCUCAGAGAUCCGAGUCCGGCCGGUGACCACAUACGCAUACUUACUGCGAUUUUACAGUGAAAUGCGAACGGCCACCACAGUUCUUAUCAUGAUUGUUUUUGUUAUAUUUUGUUGGGGGCCAUACUGUUUAAUGGGGUUGGUUACAGCAAUGGGAAACUACACGUUUAACCCUGCAAUGGAUACAGUGGCCAUCUGGCUCGCCUGGGCAAAUGGAGCCAUCAAUCCCCUCAUCUACGCUCUGAGGAACCCCAACAUAUCCAUGUUACUGGGCCGGAGCAGAGAGGAGGGUUAUCGGACAAGAAAUAUCGCUGCGUACCUCUCAAGCCAAAGCCAGAACCGUGAGAUCCGACUUAAUCAGGCAGAGAGAAUAAGGGACCGUUACGUGAGCCGUGUAGGGAUUAAUAACAACAGCCGCCUCUCCAGUUCUAGCCCUGGAAAAGGAGGAGAGGUGGCAAUGUGGGCCUGUAAAAACCCUGCUGUGUUCUUUUGCAGGGACGCCCAGUCUGACACUGCAACGCUACCCAACUCUGUCAGCUCUCAGAAGAUGAGGACUGCUGACACCAGCCUGUGACAAUUCCUUUGGAAACUCCAGAUUCGUCAGAUCACAGAAUGUCAAAAAAAGGGUGUAUGAUAUUAAUAACAAUUUGACCAGAAACAAACAUCAUCUUAUCUUCAGGAGUUGGCUGUAGGCAACUGGACUGGCUUGAGUUAAGCCUGAAGACAUUUCACCUCUGAUCCAAGAGGCUUCUUGAUUUCUGAAUAACUGGUGGAAAAAACAGGUGAAACUCAGGGCUGUCCUCACAAAAACCAGUCUAGGUGAAUUCACUUAUUCACCCAAGGAAACAGCAUUGGAGGAGCCCUAUUUUUUUAGAAGUGCUAUUUUUUGAAACCAGAUUCUAGAGUGGGAGAAUAUGGGUGGGGGACUGAACUUGACCUCCAUGAGGGAGGUGGCACAGACACUAGGGAAGACAACAGAUUCCUGACAAGUCUCGGGUGGCUGAACUGUGAGCCGCUCGAAUGUGUGGCUCUGUGCAGCUCAUUAGCACAAUCAUGAAAAUACAAAUAUUGAAAACACCUGAACCUUUUAUUUUUUGUGCAUUCUCUUUUGAUCUGGACAGCACAACCCCUCUAACGACUUAAAAACGUAAUAAAAGUUACAAGGACUUAACUUAUUAAAAGGCGCUACUUUAUUGACGUUUGGUUCUUUAUGUCACGGCCGUAACGCACUCAAACACAGUGUGGACCCAAAUACACAAGGCGGAGGCAGAGAUCGCAGUUUAAACAAAAAAGAGUUUAUUUUAACAAAGCAAAGUCUUACUCAAGGUCAAAUUAUAAAUCCAAAACAGGGUCAGACGAGAGUGAGCCAGGCACAGGGAACAAGAUGAAGCAGACGUGGUAAUCCAAAAGGGAAACGUGAGGUGCAGGACGAGGAGACACACAAGACACACUGGCACGAGACAAAUGGAAGAGGGCGUAUUUAAGGAGCAUGAACUGAUUAACACCAGGUGCAGACAAUAAGGGAAUCCACGAGACUAGAGAAGACAGAAAACAGAAUAAAACCUUCACCAAAAUAAAACCAGGAGUACACAUAGACUAAACUAACUGACCCAAACUGAAGACAUGACACUUCAUGAAGCUGCUGCAUUAUGUUGCGUCCUCUACUGGCUUGUUCUGACAAUUGACAGUUCACACAAAUAGGUUGAUUAACCGAUAUUUGUAUUUGUAACAACAUAUUUGCAAAUUAAAAAAAAAAGUCAAUCGAGGAGGCCUCUCCACCGACUGCAUCCUGCCACGGAAGAAGGUCUUCAGGUUGUCCCACACCAACAUUGCUGCCCGAGAAGCCCUUGGGCCUCUGACUCGCUGUACAUCCAGGAGAACCCUCCUGUCGCUAUCUUCAUCUCUAUCUUCAUCAUGUAGCAUUGUUCUCGUUGACAUGGUCACACUAACGUUCUUACUCGCUGGACCGCUCUUCCUCUACUAGCAUUCUUCUCGUUGCCAUGGUUGCACAAUUAAGCUCUCUACGUUUAUCCUCUUCUUCUCUUGUAUGAGUGCCUCCUAUACCCCACGUCUAGACUUGUACUGCCACCUGAAGGUGACGUGGGAUACUACAGCGGUGCGCAAUGUAACGUGCAAUGUGGCGCACGAUGCAUGUGUGCAGAAGUAUACCAGGCCUUAAACAACUCUCCAGACAAGUUUCCAGCCUACAGAGGCUAAAUACUUGGAUUUUUCCACCAGUUAGUCAGAACUGAAGAAGCCUCGUGGAUGAGAGGUGAAACGUCUUCAAACAUUACCCAAACAAGUCUAGUUGCUUACAGCUUACUACAGGAUUCGACUAUGACCUGAAUGACUGAUAACCUUCACAGACAAUAGGAUCUAAUGUUAAUUAUAGCAGCAGUUGUAAAUGAGCUAAUUACAAGUUAAGUUAAUUUGGGAGGACACAUGAAAUCAUCUUCAAGGACUUCUGGGUUUAAGCCUGCAUGUGUUAAAAAGAGUUCUGCCAUGAUAUGUUUGUUUACGUGCUGUCACACAAUAUCUUUUUGUAUGUUGAUACAGAAUGUGGAUCUGGAAAACAGAUAUUUUCUUAAUCCUAGACCUUCCAUGCUAGAAACAUACAGUACGUAUACAUUAUUUCAUUUUUAGGCUGUUCUCUGUAAAAAUUGUAUAAUUUGCCAUUUGUUGAGAUGCUUGAACAACCUAGAGACAAACUCCUCCAAUAAGAAACCUUUUAGAAUUUGAUUUGAUUUGGAUUGGAUUCAAUCAAAUUAUUUAAUGCAAUUCAUGACAGGGAUUCCAUUCCUGUGUGUGUGUCAGUAUUUCUAAAUCAUUAAAACCUUAAUUGUGAACAUUUUCAGUUAAUAAAUGGUCCCAGAAGAUGUCAUUAAUGUUCACAACAUACAUCUAUUUAUUUUAAUAUUUAGUCCAGAUUCCAAAAAUGAAAAACUG